UUGUGAUGCAUAGUUAACAGCGAGCAACGCGAUACUCCUCCGCUCACAGGUUUACAAAGUGCUGUGCAACUUUUAUAAUGUCUUAAGGCAAGACGACUACAGAUUGAUUCAAAGCAGAAUAUAGAUGUAAUAGGACUUACUAGUGUAGAUUUAACGUCCUCAACGCGACAAGCAUGUUGCCUUGGAAGAAGAACAAGUUCGAGCUGAUCGAGGAAGACAAGCAGCAUUCCAAGCCGAAGGGCUAUGCCGUGAGCCUCAACUACUCUACGCUCACCUCCUUCGCCAAAUCGUGCCCGGAGAGCGCGCUCAACAGAGUCGGGAGCAUGUUUAAAUCAAAGAGGAAAAAGGUCAAAAUCACCAGCGAGGACCCCACGUACACCGUGUUGUACUUGGGCAACGCCACAACCAUCCAGUCCAAGGGUGACGGAUGCACGGACGUGGCCGUCAGCAAGAUCUGGGGCAAGAGCGACAUGGGAAAAAACGGAACCAAAAUGAGGCUAACCAUCAGCUCGCAAGGCAUCCGUAUGGUGCAUGUGGACGAAAAAACCAAGAGACCCGGACAUUUAUAUUUAUUGCACAGGAUCACCUACUGCGUCGCGGACCCGAGGCUCCCCAAAAUCUUCGCCUGGGUCUACCGGCAUGAGAUGAAGCACAAGGCGGUGAUGCUGCGGUGCCACGCCGUGCUGGUGUCCAAGCCGGAGAAGGCGAAGGCGAUGGCGCUUCUCCUCUACCAAACCUCCGCGACAGCUCUGGCCGAGUUUAAAAGACUCAAACGAAGGGACGACGCCAGGCACCAGCAGCAGCAAUUGAUAGGGGAGCAGACCAUCCCUCUUGUCCCCCUGAGGAAACUGCUGAACGGACAGUGUUACUACAAACCCCCGGUGGAGCGCAGCAGGAGUGCGCCCAAACUGGGCUCCAUCACAGAGGACCUGGUCGGAGAGGAGGAAGAGGAGAAAGCAAUGCACUUUGAGUGCGAGGAUAUUUUGGUCACCGACAGCGACUGUGGCAAACAAGAACUGUGCCAGAUUAUCAAUGAUUUAGACUCUAUGAGUAUAGGGAACGAUGUACAGUCACUACGGGCCGACCUAAGGGUGACGCGCCUGCUGUCUGGGGACAGCACGGGGAGCGAUUCCUCCAUAGAGAGCAACCAGGAUGCUGCGUCUGUUCCAAACGGCGUUGUCGGGGGAAAGAUGCAAGAAGUCGGCUGACUUUUCUUUAACAAACUGCUUUUAUCGAGCCACAUGUGAUGAUGAAGACCGCGGGGGUAUGAACGUGCCACAUCCCUUAGAAUUGAAAGCGCAGAAUCUGGUUUGCGGAUUAAACGGAUGUGUAUCAAAAUCUACAGAGCUGCCUAUCUAGACAUUGUUUUUGGAACAUAAGGAUGCACAGGACGCUUGUUAAGAGUUUAAUCGACUCAGAAAAAGACAAAAUGCUGUCUAGGUAAGCAACUCAAUGCAGGUUUGGAGACUUUGGACACUCAUAAUCCCCCGUUAGUUGGGGCCUGGAAGGACCAGAGCUGCGCAAUAAUAAGACGCUUAAAGUCUCUGCUAAACCUCUCAAUGGUGUAAGAGAUUUUAGGAAAGAUCUUGUUUACCUAACGUUUUCCUUGAGGAAAUGCAUUUUAAAAGUGAAACAACAAUCCUGAAAUGUGUCUUUUGUUUUUGCAUUAUUUCUGGAUGGUAUACGAGUAUGUUAACCUGAUCAAUGAGUUACAUAGCAACUUUCCUGUUUUUCUGUUUGUACUUUUUUACUUUCCACUGUGGUGGAAUUCGGACAAGUGUUAAUAUUUAUGUGUAUAUUUGUUUUGCCAUAAAUGUUCUUACAAACAUACGCGUUUAUCUUUGCUGUGCAAAAGAGAAAAUAAUGUACAGAGAUGUAAAUAUAUAUAAAUACAAAAUGUGUUAAUGAAAUGCAUUAUUUUUUGAAGAAUGUGGUUUGUUUCUGUGAACACCAAUAAAAAAGUGAAAUGUA